AUGUGCACCAAAUCAGUAUUUGUAAUUUUCUACAAGGGUGACCGCCUGAGGAUCAUCGUCGAAAAAGACCGACAUGCUGCGGCACGUGACGUAAAAGCGCGUAUAUCAGACAUGCAUACCGUGCUGGGUCAAACCCAAGAGCACAGGCAUAAAGUACUUCAAGCUGCUUCAACUUCACUCACGCAGUGGAAAAAACAGGUUCGUAUGCAAAAGUCAGUGUAUCACACUUUAAAUCUCUUCACUUUCGAUGCUAUUGGGAAAUUUUUCAUUGCGGAAUGUUGGGUACCUUAUGCCGACCUUGAAAAUGUCCGGCUGGCUCUCGAAAAAGGAGUGCGCGUGACUGUACAGCUGCGUGAAUUGAUGCCGCCAAUCAAGGCAGUGUACUACAGUUUAUCAAAAAUAAGAGAGCCUAGAAAGGACAAUUUCUUUGAAACACUUGAGACUGCUCGAAAAUGGGUUUCAAUUUUAAUGUCAGAAUCUCCAGUGCUCAUUUUGGAAAAAAGUGGAAGCAGUGUAAAGCCAGUGCUGAAUUUGUUGGAGACCGCGGAAGAGCCGCCCACGUACAAUCGCGUCAACAAAUUUACGACAGUUUUUCAAGGAAUUGUUGAUUCGUAUGGUAUCGCCUCUUAUUUGGAAAUUAAUCCAGGUCAGACAAAAAUUUUAAAAAUUUGCGUAUAG